UCUGAACGAAAUUACACGCACAAGCAGUUGGGGGACAAGCAGAAUUGUUGGGAUGCUAAUUAGGUGUAUAUCUAGGUACUAGAAGUAAUAUGUAAGCCCGACAGCGAAAGCCUAAGCAAAUUACGAAGCAGUAUGACAACUUUAUUAAAAAAAAAAAAAAGAGAGAGACUUUUUUCCUCCUGGGAGUCAUUUCUCAAUCACUCUGCCACCCUUUCCCCUUUGCUCCCCUUUCUCUUUUACUUUAUCUUUCCCUCCAUCUUUUCCCUCCAUCUUUUCCCUCCAUCUUCCCUCCAUCUUUUCCCUCCAUCUUUUCCCUCCAUCUUUCCCCCAUUGAACAGCAUAUAUCGCCGUCUUCUAAGAAAGCAACAAAAACGCCGCCCUAUUGCACCUUAUAAUCCACCAUAAAAGCAUUGUGUAGCUGGUAACCGCGUCUCAUGUAAAUAUAGUAGUCAGUUAGAGUCGAUAUCUUCCAUACCAAUGUCUUCCAUGUCGUUGU